AUGGCCGCGGAUGUGGAGAGGCUCGCGCGUUUGAACGCUGAGCUGCAACAGCUGCUGACGCGCCCGGCGGGGACGGUGAGCCAGGAGAAGAUCGCGGCCGCGGCGGCGCAGCUGCGGGAGAUUAGGCAGCGGCUGGCACAGCAGGACACACAGCACGAGGGGGAGCAGCAGAAGCAGCAGGAGCCACAGCAGCAGGAGCCACAAGCUACUGCUGCGACGGAGCAGCCGCAGCUGCAGGGGCCGCAAGCCACUGCUGCGACUGAGCAGCAGCAGCAGCAGGAGCCAGAAGCUACUGCUGCGACGGAGUCGCAGGCGCCGGCCGCUCAGCACUCCGGCGAACGGCCGCAGGCUGCCGCGCAGCAGGCCGCUACAGACAAGGUGGUGCCGGAGCGGCCCAGGCCGCGCGAGGCGGCAGCGACCCGCGCGCCGCGCGGCGAGGACGCCACACUGAAGCGCAUCGCGGCGUGCAGCAGCCUGAGGCCGCUGCGCCAGCUGUACGAGCAGGAGCAGGCCAGGGGCCGCCUGCGGCCCCGCCACGUGGCUGCUCUGGUCGCGCGCCUGCCCUUCACCCAGGAUGGCGCCGCCGCCGCGGCUGCGGCGGGCGUGGGCGCGGCGGCGGGCGCGGAGGAGCUGCGGGCGCGGCAUGGGGCCGUAUUCGAUUUUGGGGAGGAGCUACUGCCCGUGCUGCAGCUGCAGCUGGGGGCGCUCUCAGCGGACGACCUGGCCGACUGCGCGGCGGCUGCUGCAGACCUGCGGCUAGAGGCGCGCACCUCCUGGGUGGCCGCGCUCGUGUCUGCCUCGCUGCCACGCCUGCGCUAUCUGGACGCCCGCCGCCUGGCGGCGCUCGGCGCGGCGCUGCCGCGCUUGGACCCGUCGUCCUUUGGCUCCGCUGAGGGCGGCAGGCGGCGCGGGGGCGCCGCGGGCGCGUGGCUGCGCGCGUGGGAGGCGCGGGGCUGCGAGCUCCUGCAGGGGCGUGCGGCGGUGCCGAGCGCUGCGGCAGCGGCGGAUCCCGUCGUGGGCGGCGGCGUCGGCGGCGACGCCCCUGAGGUCUCGGCUGGGCCGGCGGCGGCGGCGGUGGCGCCCGCUGAUCUGGCAUCAAUCGCGUCGGCCGCGGCGGCGCUGGGUCUGGCGCCAGGAGAAGCCUGGAUGUCGGCCGUGCUGACUGCGGCGGAGGCGGCCGUCGCAGCAGGCAGCGCCGCGGCCGACGCCAGUCAGGACGCACCCAAGGACGCCGCCGCGCCAGCCGCCGCCGCCGCCGCCGCUGCCCGCCUGCCCGCGCUGGCUGCUGGCCUGGCGCGCGCGGCGGCGGCGGCGCGGCCCGGCGGCCUGCGGCAGCUGCGGACGCAGGGGCUGGUGGACUGCCUCGUGGCGCUUGAGUCUUUGGGGGUAGACCCAGGCGAGGAGUGGGCCGCCGCCUUCGCCACGGCCCUGCAGCCGCGCGCGCGCCUGCUCGCGCCCGCCUCGGCACUGGCUGUGCUGCGCGUGCUGCACGGCUGGCGCCGCUCGCGCCCGGCGGCGCCCGCGGCGCCCACCGCCGCCGCGCUGCGCCCGCUGCUGUCGGCACUGCUGGCCCAGCUGGCGCAGGCGCCCCACGCCCUCUCCCAAUCCGACGUCCUCGGCGCCUUGUCGGCCCUUGCCGACCUCGGCCUCGGCCCAGAUCGCGCCACGGACGCAACCUUGGACUCCGCAGGCGCCGACGCGGCCGCGGUCCACGAGCUGCUGCGGGCGCUCGCGACGGCGCCCGGCGGCGAGCAGACGGGCCUCUCCGGCGCGCCGCCGGGCGCGCUGGCGGCGAUGCUGGUCGCGCUGCGGCGCAUAGGGGUCGCCCCAGAGGGCGCCUUCUUAUCUGCCGCUCAAGACGAACUCCUAGCCAGCCUGGCUGGCGGGGGCGGCGCCGGCGGAGCCGCGCUGGGGUUGUCGCCUGGGGCCUUCUGCGCGUUCGCCGGCGCAGUGGCGGCGUUCGGGUACCGGCUGGAGCAGCAGCUUCUGGACGGCUACCUGGAAGCUGCCGAGCCGCACCUGGGCCGCAUGCAUGGCCGAGACCUGUCCCAGAUCAUGAUCACCCUCGGGGCGCUGCGCCAGAAGCCGCGCGCGCAGCUGCUCGGCGCGCUGGCAUCCGCGCUCGCGCGCGCGGCGCCGGCGCUGCCGCUGGAGGAUCUGUCCGGCUGCCUGACCGCCAUGGCUGAGCUGCAGCUGAGGCGGGAAGACACGCAGGGCGUCCGCGCAACCACCGCCGCGGCCGCGCCGCCGCCCUCCGCGCUCUCCGCCGCGCUGCUGCGCGCCGCCGCGCCGCUGCUGCCCGCGGCGCCGGCCGCGCAGCUCUGCGAGGUCCUCGCCGCCGCGGGGCGGCUGGGGCUGUCGGGGGCGGGGGCGGCGGCAGUUGCCGGGCGCGCUGACGAGGACGAUGACGUGACGGCCGCGGCGCCGUCGGGGUGGCUGGCGGCGGCGCUGGAGGGGGCGGAGGCGAAGAUCGAGGCCGCGGACGACGAGCCGGCUAAGCGCAACCCUUAG